ACUGAGCUACUUUUCAGUCGGCACUCGUUCAGCUUCUCAGCCAGGCGCGUUCAGAGUUUUCUCGGAUUACUACUACCGGUAUAUGUUCGCCUCAAAGUGACGGAUCACUGCUGUUUGAAAGCGGAACGUUGGCGCGUUUGUUGCGGCUUGCCCCACCUGAUACCCAGCCUUGUCACGCCAUAUACCCUGCCUGACUGGAUUCAUUUAGUGGUGGACAAGUGAAACUCCAGUGCUCCGAACUGGCAGUAUCCAAUGUUGAAUAUUAGACCUGCGAAUCCAAAAGAUCUCAUUAAUAUCCAACGAUGCAACCAGCUCUGUUUACCUGAAAACUACCUUGCACAAUUUUGGGCAUUCUCUAUCGUAUCGUGGCCUCAUGCAUCGCUCCUUGCAGAAAACGCAAGCGGAACGGUAGUUGGUUAUGUACUGGCGUCCGUGGAACCUGUUGACGACCAACCCCAUCUUCUAAUCGGACAUAUCAAUUCCCUAGCUGUUCUUCGCCCUUACCGACGCCUUUGGCUCGCGCAGCGGCUCAUGAAUAUCUCUACUGCGUUGUUGAAUGAUGACUUCUCGUAUCUGCAUCUUAUUCCGCACAAUCUGGAUCAUGAAUACACCAAUUUCGGGCGCUGCGUUGGCUCUGAUGCUAUUUCUGCGAGGGUACUCUAUGACAUGCAAGCUCGUGAGAGGUGAGUGGGGAAGUCCGAACGAUGCUGAGAUGGCGGCCACGGCGGAAGAGGCAAAAUAUAAAGCAGAGGAUGAAGGGCACUGUGCAGAUUUAACG